CCCCCGCACGAAGGGGGUUAUGGGAUGGCCCUUCCCCAGCCUCCUUCUUCCUUCCUUCCCGGGACAGCCUAUUCUUUGGGCCCGCAGACGGAGGGAGGGGUCCGGCGAGUGUCUUGAAGCAGUUCCCGUGGGUUUCCAACUUACAGCCAUCUCGGUCCCAAAGUGUCCUAAAGGGCAUCAGAUUGGCUGACAGCCAGAGAGACCCUGGUUCCAGCCGGGCCAGGGUACCUUGGCCUUCCUUACCCCUUUUUCAGGUACCUGGACCUUGUGGGCUGCAGAUCUUUGAGAGCCCGUGUGCCCUUCAGAGAGCCUGGCCCGGGGCCCAGAAGGGACUCACUUCAUCUUGGUUCCCUUCCCUCCUGGCUGGUCUUACCAGGCUGGGAUCACGAGGAGGGCGUCGGCUGAGAAUGACUUCAUUUGGUCUCUACAGUUGGGGAAACUGAGGCCUCCACUCAGCCCCACCCUGCCCCCUCUUGUCCGCAGACCCUCUAGGUACCACAGCCCGCACCCCUGGCAGAUGAGACCAUGACCCACGUGUUGGUAGGAGGCCAGAGACAAGAGGACCCAGAGAGGUUUGGCUACCAUCGAACGUCACACAGCCAGCCACGGCUGAGAUGGCAGUUCACCCUGACCCUGCUGUUCACCGCCUCUUGGGAACCCUGUGCUUCCUCAGACCCCGCUUCUUCCCGCUUCUUCCGGUCUUGCUGUGGCUUCUCCUGAGCUGUGAUUUGAGGGGUGCCGCCCAGGGUCCGGGAGAGUGGACGCCCUGGGGGUCUUGGAGCAGGUGUUCCAGCUCCUGUGGUCGGGGCGUCUCAGUGCGCAGACGCCACUGCGUCCGACUUCCCGGGGAGGAACUUUGCUGGGGCGACAGCCUUGAAUACCGGGUGUGCCAGCUGCCGGACUGCCCUCCAGGGGCCACACCAUUCCGAGACCUGCAGUGUUCUCUUUACAAUGGCCACCCCGUCCUGGAUACCCAGAAAACCUACCAGUGGGUGCCCUUCUACGGGGCGCCCAAUGUGUGUGACCUCAACUGCCUAGCUGAAGGCCACGCCUUCUACCACAGCUUUGGCCGCGUGCUGGAUGGCACCCCCUGCACCCCGGGGACCCAGGGUCUCUGCGUGGCAGGCCGCUGUCUGAGCGCAGGCUGUGACGGGAUACUGGGCUCCGGCACCCUCGAGGACCGCUGCGGCCUCUGUGGUGGCGCUAACGACUCUUGCCUGUUUGUGCAGCGCGUGUUCCGCGACGCCGGUGCCUUCGCCGGCUACUGGAACGUGACUUUGAUCCCCGAGGGCGCCAGGCACAUCCGCGUAGCACAGCGCAGCCACAACCACCUGGCGCUGGUGACCCGCGGCGGGCACUACGUGCUCAACGGUGAUGGGGUGCUCAGCCCGCCUGGCACCUACGAGGCCGCGGGCACCCGCGUGGUUUACACCCGCAGUGCCGGCCCGGAGGAGACUCUGCAGGCGACCGGCCCCACCUCCCAGGAGCUGUUGUUACAGGUGCUGCUGCGGGAGCCCAACCCAGGCGUGCACUUCGAGUUCUGGCUGCCCCGGGAGCGCUAUGGCCCCUUCCAGGCUCAGGUGCAGGCCCUGGGCUGGCCCCUGCGACAGCCUCAGCCUCGGGAGGUGGAGCUACAGCCUGCAGAGACUCCUGUAGUCCCCGAGGCCAUCCCUGCCCGUGUUGCAUCCCUGCCACCAGACCCCUGCGGGCCAUGCCCCGACAGCCGUGGUCGCGCACACCGGCUUCUUCACUACUGUGGCAGCGACUUUGUGUUCCAGGCCCGAGUGCUGGGCCGCCACCGCCAGGCCCAGGAGACCCGCUACGAGGUGCGGGUCUUGCUCAUCUACAAAAGUCGCACGCCUCUGCGUACUCGAGAGUAUGUGUGGGCACCAGGCCACUGUCCGUGCCCACCACUGGCCCCACACCGGGAAUACCUGUUGGCUGCCAGGCGACUCGUCAGCCCCGAUGGCACGCAGGAUCGGCUCCUGCUGCCUCACGCUGGUUAUGCUAGACUCUGGAGUCCUGCGGAGGACAGCAGGGUUCGGCUGGCUGCCCGGCGCUGUCCAGUCUAAACCCCCGGGGGUUGGAGCCUCACCAGGCUCCUGUUCUGGCAUCCCAUGACUCAGGAAAAUCUCCCACCUGGAAGCUCAUAUAUUUUACCCAGGGUCUUCCUGUGCACGCAGCCCUGACUGACCUGGAACUCUGUGUAGACCAGGCUAACCCUGAAGUUAAGGUGAUCCACCUGCCUCUGUCUCUGCAGUGAACGCCGGGAUUAAAGGUGCACUCCAUAUCUGAGAACUUUAAGGAGCUUCAAGAUCCUGGGCUACUUUUCCUCUAAACAACUUCUAUUCGUCUCUUUUCAAGCUACUAUUUAAUUUUUACAAGAACGUGGAAAACGAACAAAUCCCUCUCCCCUCACUUAUUGAGCUAUAGGGACUCCAGGACACCCUAGAAGAGUGGCAGGCACUGCACAGACACACCCCCAUUCCCGACACCCAGUACAGACCAGCACAGGAAGUAUGAGAGGUUGAGGCACACCCAGGAACCGAUGUGCCUCCUCUUCAGUCCUCUAGGCUAUGGGUUCAUUUCGGCCUCUGUAUAUCACGGGUGUCUGUCCUACAGUCGCUCAGCGAAUCAUCCCCAGUGGGGUGUCCCUUAAGGCUAUCCCCUCUGAGUCCUGAAUCUGUCACGUGAUCUACCAGUUGCCCUACCCUUCUGCUGAACUUAGCUCUCCAAUUGACUAUUUACUGAGCAUCGACUGUAUGUGAAAGACCCAGCGAGUCCAGGGGAGAUGCCGUACUGUGCCGGGAUAAGCAGGGGUCACUCUUUCUAACGGGCUUUCGAAGGUAGUCUUUUACGGCACUCCCCCCAAACCCCACACAAUGUAGUUCCGUUCUACAGGGAUCUGUGGAGUCCUUGCGCCCCCUGGUGGCUGGCUAUGGAUUCCCAGUAUGGGAGAUGGUCUACAAGGGGCCAGUGGCAGCAGGCUUUGGGAAUCUCACACAACAAUGGCUGGCCAACGUGACACUAGAGCCCAGGACAGAGUCAUCCCUGACAGGGUCCCUGUGCUGAGCCUGAUGCACCCGGCAGGAGGAGUAGCAGAAACAUGGCGGAAAGGCACAUGAUGCUGGUCGUACUAUGGUGAGGCUGUUGGGCUCCCCCAAGCCUGGAGGGGUCCCGUGAGGCCCAGACAUGUUAAGAUUCAAAUCUGAAGGGGAAAUAAAAAACCACGAGAAGACAGCUUGCUGUCCCAGGCCUGUGAUCCCAGCACUUGGGAGCAGAAGCAGGAGGACCAUCACAAGUUCAGGGAUGCCUGGGAAAGUUAAGGCUGCCCCCCCCCCCGCCCGUUUCAAAAUAAAAGGAAGGCCCGAGGCUCUGGCUGCACUGCAGAGGGUUAUGCCUGGCGUCAGAUUCCCAGAACCUGCAUAAAAGGCCGCAUGAAAGAUCUCUGGGGCUCACGGCCAGCUUAGCCAAACCCAUGAUUUCCUAAUUCAGAGAGGGCCUGUCUCAAAAUAACAAGGUAGAAGCCAGGUGUGGGAGGCAGAGG